AUGCCGCCCGAUAGUGCAUCCAUGUGCAAGGAUCAUGGGAUGUCUCUGUGGGUUGUGAAUAGCAUCUCGAUAGGACUGGCUACGUUCGCUGUCAUCGGGAGGUUUAUGGCGAGAAGACUCGGGAAGUUGUCUCUCGCCGCGGAUGACUGGACUAUUCUUGUUGCAUUGAGCCUCGACUUGGGGUUAUACGCUUUGUUUGUGGCUUGUAGGGCACAUGGACUUGGGGCGCACAGGGCCGUUGUGCCAGAAGCCGAUGUCUCUACAUUCCUCAAGCUGCUGUAUUACUUCCAGAUCUUCUAUAUUCUCGCUCCGCCUAUGGUCAAGAUCUCACUUCUCCUACUUUAUAAACGCAUCUUUAUGUCGUCCCGGUUACUUGUGGUAGUGUACGUAAUGGGUGUACUAAUCAGUAUAUGGACAAUCAUUAUGACCUUCUUGGGAAUCUUCAACUGCCACCCCAUUGAUGCGUUUUGGACAGGUCAGGGGAAAUGUCUCCCUUUCAAGCAAUUUGCGGUUGGAUAUGCAAUCGUCAACAUCGCUACAAGUCUGGUUAUUUGGCUAAUGCCAAUUCCCAAGUUAUGGAAGCUGCAGCUUCCUACAGCACAGAAAGUUGCUCUGAUCUUGAUCUUUGCCCUAGGUCUCUUGUAA